UCCAACUCCGAUAUGCUAUACCAACACGCCCAGUCGUCAACCUUGGCAAGUUUCACCAGUCCUAGCAUACUUUGACCAGUCUAAACCAGUGAAACUGUCCGUGGAUGCGAGCCAGUACGGUGUCGGAGCAGUCAUCUUGCAAGAUGACCACCCCAUUGCAUAUUCGUCCCGCUCCUUAACUGCCACACAACAGCGGUAUGCCCAAAUUGAAAAGGAAACCCUAGCCAUAGUUCAUGGCUGCAUGAAAUUCAAGGACUACAUACUCGGUCAACCACUAGUCACGGUAGAAUCAGACCACCGACCCCUGGAAUCGAUCUUCAAGAAACCACUUUGCGAUUGCCCUCUUCGCCUUCAACGCAUGCGCCUCACGCUUCAAAGAUUCCCUAUCAGCGUGAUAUACAAACCAGGAAAGGAACUGUCUUUGGCCGACGCACUUUCACGCUUUCCUUGCAAAACAGAGCUGGUGGAUGAAACAGCACUUUCAAGUCAAUGUUGUUUCUUCGUUACCUGUUUCAGAUCAACAGCUGCUCAGUAUCAGAACGGAGGCUGAUAAGGACACCCUCAUGAACGAACUCUGCCGUUACGCGAGUACAGAGUGGCCCGAAAGCAAGCAGCAGCUCCCGGAUGCCUUAAAGCCAUACUGGAGCUAUCGUGAUGAGCUACACGUCGAGGAUGGGCUGCUUCUCAGAAGCAACAAGCUUGUAAUUCCUCCAUCAAAACGCAAGGAAGUUCUCGGCCUGCUCCACGCUGCACAUUGCGGCGAAGACAAAAUGAAGGCGAGAGCAAGACAGGUAAUGUACUGGCCAAACAUGAACGCCAACAUUUCUGAUGUAGCGAAGUCAUGCGCUGUUUGCGACAAGUACAAAAAAAGAAAUGCAAGGCUGCCCAUGCUGAGCCACGAACUACCGAGUUUGCCAUGGCAGGUUGUCGGGGUCGAUCUUUUUCACCACGAAGGCAAUGAUUACCUCAUAGUGGUAGAUUCUUAUUCGUUUUUCUUCGAGGUUGGCAAGCUUAGCCGGACUACCGCUGCUGCUGUGAUCAACGCAUGUGCAGAAAUCUUCGCGACACAUGGCAUUCCCGUCAAACUGUGCACUGACAACGGCCCUCCUUUCAACAGUGCAACAUUUCAAGCAUUCACAGGUCAAUUUAAUAUCAGCCACACCACUUCUAGCCCGUACCAUCCGCGCGCCAACGGCUUGGCAGAGCGUGCCGUUCAGGAAGCUAAACAUCUGCUAAACAAAUGCCCGUUUUCCACCCUUGAAUUUUACAGUGCGUUGUUGGAGUGGCGGAAUACUCCGAGGGACGAACAGUUGCAGUCGCCAGCUCAAAGGCUCAUGGGACGUCACACCAGAAGCCAACUCCCGGUUCUCAACUGUCACCUGGAGCCCAAGACGAUACCCACGGAAGCAGUUCGUCAGCGACUACAAGAAAUACGACAUAAACAGCGUUCCUACUACAACAGAACGACACGGGCUUUGCCAGACCUUCGUAGCGGAAACAGAGUGUCCGUAUACGACACGCUAAGCAGAACGUGGGCCCCGGCCAUGGUAAUCGGUCCUGCAGGGCCACCGCGAUCCUACUUAGUGGCUACGGACAGUGGACAGCAGUUACGCCGUACGAGAGAGCAUCUCAGGGCCACACAUGCUGCUCAGCCUGCUGAAUCACAAGCAGAAACCCGAAAACAGGCUAUGCCAAGUACCCCAGCAGAUGCAAUUCAAGUCCCACUUCGAAGAAGUGAACGGGUACGCCAAGUGCCGCAACGUUAUCCACUUCCUGAACGUAAAUAGCAAAGCAAUCCUUGUUUGGAAAUGAAAAUGUUCAUCAAUGUUCCUUGUUUUUUUUUCUCUUCUUUUUUUUCCAAGGAGGGGAAGAUGUACUGGAGCGCAAUAUCGUGCCUGGAAGUCGGCCAGUGCGCAUGUGCAACACGCCCCCUACUUAUCGCCGCGCUUCUUAUAUACCCGGCUACGUUUCGGAAUAAAGUGCUUUUGUUACCUGCUA